AUGGAUCGACGUCUUGAUCCGCAUCUCCAACGCAUUGUUGACAAUGCUGCUGGAAUGAACAACAACAGGGCGCAAGAGGGAGAGUUCACCUACGUUUCCGAGGAGCGACAACCUGUGGAUUGGAGCUACAGGGCUGGACCAGUGCGGCCACCACAAGAACAUACUUCUUUCAAUGAAUUUGGUCAGUUACCCUCAUCUUAUUGUGCAUUAUCUCCUUACAAAUUCUCUACUUCAGACCGAGUUCAGUUAGAUGGCCCAUAUCACACCCACCCACCUCCUUUUACAGGCUCCAACAGGGUCUCGCUCGCCCCUCGAAAUAUAUACAAUCAGCCCGAUCAAGAACCAAGAACGCUUAGCAAUGCCGAUAACCACUUUAGGUUUACACAGAACUUGCGUGAAGGAGCACCCAUGAACCCAGCACUACCGAGGCCAAAUAUGAUGCAGCAGUCAGAACCAACGGCACCUCAGAGAAGCACCUUGUUUUCGCAACGGCACCCCAAUUCUCAGUCUCUGGAUUCAAUAGACCAUCUGGCAAAUGCUAUGUUGAUACAAAAGUCGGUGCCACCAUUGCAGACAGAGCCAGCACCACCCAACUUCUUCCAUCGCCGCCACCCAAGUGGGAUCAACCGGCUUCAGCCUCAGAGACAACAGGUUACUCCACCAUUUAACUUGAGUGGAUUUGUGUAUAGCCCAUCCGCCCAGGUAUCAGAAGUAUCCUCGCCUCCAGCUGCUCAUGGCUCUAGUCCUACCGAGAGAAUCAGCCUUCGUCGUGCUUCGAACCGUAGGGCUGCUCCCUCCACAUAUACACAAGUUGAAGAUCACUUUCUAAAACCAUCAUUCCCUGAGACUCCCCGACGAGGGAAUCAUGUUGCUGAUAGAGGCACACCGCAAACUCUUGCACUUGGACAUGCUCCCCCAAUGGCACACGGGAUCCAACUCAUAUCUCCACACGAUCUCCCCGAUCGAUUCCGUCAAGUCUUUCCCUAUGAGCUCUUCAACGCGGUCCAGUCAAAAUGCUUUGCACCUAUCUAUAGAACCAACGAGAAUGUUGUUGUUUCAGCUCCCACUGGCAGUGGAAAAACUGCCCUUCUUGAACUAGCGAUUUGUAGAGUUGUGGAAGGACACGGCUCGGGAACAUUCAAGAUUGUUUACCAGGCCCCUACAAAGUCUCUAUGUGCUGAGCGUAUGAGAGACUGGCAAAAGAAGUUCAGCCACCUCAACCUUCAGUGUGCGGAGCUGACCGGAGACACGACUCAAGCUGAAAUGGCUCGAGUGAAGGUUGCCUCGAUCAUUGUUACUACACCCGAAAAAUGGGAUAGCAUCACACGCAGAUGGGUAGAUCAUCACAAGCUGUGUCAUCUGGUGAAGCUCUUUCUGAUCGACGAGGUGCACGUCCUGAAGGACAUUCGCGGUGCCACUCUGGAAGCAGUUGUCUCUCGUAUGAAGACGAUGGGAGCUGAUGUCCGCUUUGUAGCUCUCAGUGCUACCGUACCAAAUUCCCACGACAUUGCCAUCUGGCUCGGCAAGGACCACACCAACACACAUCUUCCAGCUCAUCGAGAGACAUUUGGAGAAGAUUUUAGACCUGUCAAAUUGCAGAAACAUGUUUACGGCUACGAAGGCAUGAUGAACGAUUUCGCAUUUGAUAAACUUCUUGAUGGCAAGCUUACGUCGUUGGUCCAGAAGCAUACUCACAAGAAGCCAAUCAUGGUCUUCUGCUUUACACGAAAAUCCGUUGAGGGGACUGCAGCUAUGUUAGCAGAAUGGUGGACACGACAACGGGUGGUAGAUCGAGCUUGGCCAGCACCUGUGCAAACGAUUCGGGUUGGCAGCAAGGAGUUACAACAGCUGGUUGGAUGUGGUGUUGCCUUCCACCACGCUGGCCUUGACCCUCAAGACCGUCAUGCAGUCGAGACCGCCUACCUCAAGGGUGACAUCAGCCUUAUCUGCUGUACUUCCACGCUCGCUAUGGGGGUCAAUCUCCCUUGUCACCUUGUGGUGUUGAAAGGCACUGUUGGAUUUCAAGACGGGCACCUAGCUGAGUAUUCCGAUUUGGAGGUCAUGCAGAUGCUUGGAAGAGCAGGCCGUCCUCAAUUCGAUGACAGUGCAAUUGCAGUAAUCAUGACGCGAUCGGACAAAUCAGAGAAGUACAAGAAAAUGAUUUCAGGCCAGGAUGUCUUGGAGAGUACCCUGCAUCUCAACUUGAUCGAACACUUGAACUCUGAGAUCAGUCUUGGCUCUAUUAAGAAUCUUUACGGAGCAAAACAAUGGAUUUCUGGGACGUUCCUAAACGUACGAAUGAGACAGAAUCCCAAAUAUUACAAGAUUGACGGAACCAACCCCGACGGAGAUGCUGACAAGAGACUGGAAGAGGUCUGCGAGCGAGAUCUCAAACUUCUUCAAGAAUCUAAUCUGGUCACCGAUGCGGAGCGCUUCAGCUGUUCAGAAUAUGGUGAGGCAAUGUCUCGCUAUAUGAUACAGUUUGAUACGAUGAAGUUACUCUUGAGUAUACCACCACAGGCAAAAACUGAGCAGAUUGCAGCUGAAUUCAAAGACCUUCGAAUGAAGCCACAAGAGAGACCCUUUCUGCGAGAAUUCAAUAAGUCUCCUUUUAUUAAAUAUCCAAUCAAGGAGACAGUGUCCACUACCGCGCACAAGAUAUCGUUGAUGAUCCAAACCCAACUUGGGGGCAUUGAUCAUGCAACGGACAAGGACUUUGCGGUGGUCCGCCGACAGUUCCUAACUGACAAAGGCAUCAUAUUUGACCGUGUUCAUCGUCUGAUUCGAUGCGUCAUCGACUGCAAAGCAUUUGACUGCGACGCCGUUUCUACCAGACACGCCCUCGAUCUAGCUCGGAGUCUCGUUGCCGAGUUUUGGGAGAAUUCAAAUCUUCAAUUGAGACAAAUCCCACAAGUCGGUCCUGCGGCGGUCCGAAAGCUUGUAAACAAUGAUAUCAACAGCGUCGAAAAGCUCAUGCAGAAGGAUACUUCAACUAUCGAACGAAUUCUGAGCAAGAAUCCUCCAUAUGGAAGAAAGACGAAGGACAUCCUGAUGGGUUUUCCCAACUUGUCCGUAAGUUCUGAGAUUGUGGGGAGAGCACCCUCAAAGCCAGGCCAAAACCCAAAAUUGAGUGUGAAGGUUGUACUCUCCUACAAAAACGACAAGACUCCGGUCUGGAAGGGCAAGAAGCCUUCGUUGACUUUCAUGGCUGAGACAACUGACGGCAAGCUUGUCCAUUUUUGGCGGUGCAACAUUAUGAAGCUGGAAAAGGGCUGCGAAAUCAAAUUUCACGUCGAGCUAUCAGGCCCCGAUGAGGAGAUCAAAUGUUGGGUAGCCUGUGAGGAGAUAGUAGGCACAAUUCGAUCCUGUGUGCUCAAGCACAACCUUCCUGCGUUCGCUUUCCCAGCACCAGCAACUCGUCUGAAGCCUAAUAACCAACCGUCAACGACCGAAAAGAAGGCUCCUCUUGACGACGCAGACGAGUUUGGAGGAGACGAUCUGAAGGAUGAUGAUAUGUUGGCUGUCAUCGAAAGUAUUGAGCCAGUUGAGCGUGGCUAUGGUUCCGACGAGUUUGAAGACAUUGAUGACCUCGAAAUCCCCAAAUCUACAAAGUCAAAGAAAGGACAAAAGCAGGCGACCUUCGUUCCAUCAGUCCAGAUGGCGAACGGAAAAUGGACCUGCAGCCACGACUGCGCGGAUGGUAAAAUUCUCAAGAAUGGUAAGCAGUGCAAACAUAGGUGUUGUCAUGAAGGGCUCGACAAGCCGAGAAAGGAGAAGAAAACGGGAGGGAACGUCAGUGGCUUCGGUUCUGGUACAACUCAAAAACCCAAGGUCAGUGAAUCCUCCUCGUUUAUUUCAGCAUUAACCCGAGAGCAGACAGAGAAAGUAGCCUCGAAAUUCAAACUUAAGCUCAAGGAUGAGACACUGUCCGACUCAGCAGAUGUUGAGAUAGUUGACUUGGCUCAAGAUCUCGAACCGAACACUUACGCAAAGUUAGCCCCACGAGACUAUCGGAAAUUGCACAACCUUCAUAUGAGCGUUCAAUCCGACAAGCCUAUCAGACUUCCCAAAGAGAAGCCAACAUUCUCCUACGCCAGUGGCAAGGAUCCUGAUCUCCCGUUUCUCCACAAAGGCGAUAACAUCGGGGACACCUUCGGAUCCCCAGAUUCUGAUGACGACGAAUUCCCGUCUCCGUCUGAGAUGGCACAUAUCUCGCUGGAUCGAAACCCAAGUCCGGAUCUAUUCGAGUCUUUCAAUCUCCCGGGGGAGCAUACAGCACCGUCCUCAUUUCCAGACAACUCUCUCGCGAGCUCAGAAGCCGAAAUGCUUGCGCUGGCCGAUACCGCGAUGAUUGACGCGCCAAGCUCUAAAGUCGACUCGAGCUUCGCGAAUGGCGUCUUCGACUUCGACGCUUUCUACAACGAAACUCCAAAGAAGCCGACUAUCUCUUCCCCAACGAAGGACGCUCUCAAGAAUGAACCGAAGUCAACCCCUAUUGUGCAGGAUUCGCUUAAGCGAGAUCGCUCGACAACUCCUGAAUUCCAGCAAGCGAAGCACCGUCGUGUCAUGAAGGACGAACCUAUCUCCCUAGGUACUCAGGCUGCUAUUCCGGAUUGGGUUAGCGAUUUUGACUCGGAUCUGAUCAAUGAAUUGAAAGGCUUUGUUGAUUUUGUUGAUUGA